CUAAAUUUUGUAAAUUUAUUUUGCCAAUUUUGCAAGUGUAUAUUUGAUAUUAUUUUAGUUGAUAUAUUAAUAUAUAACCCCCCACUAUAUUUAAAAAUUUAUAAUAAAAAAAAAAAAUUAAAUAAAUAAACAAGCUGUUCACGUUUUGGGCGCAUGCGUGACCUUGUGACAAGGUGACCGUUUUCAACUUGUACAGUCAAGAGGGGAUCAUUUCUGGCCUGAGCCAGACACUCAUCGCAACUUGUAUUAAAUUAUUAUUCGUUAUAUUUCAUUUGAUACAUCAUCAACAUCAAUAAAUAAUAAAUAUAGUUUAUAUAAAAUUAUAAUUAAUAAUAGUGAUCAUAUCAUAACGAGUGUGAUCAAUCAUGUCGUCGAAAGAUUCUGAUAAUGAAAAAAGAAAACAAAUAUCUGUACGAGGAAUUGUCGAUGUUGUUAAUGUGACAAAUUUUAAAAAAACAUUUAACCGGCAUUUACAUUAUACUCUUGUUAAAGAUCGUAAUGUUGCAACAUCAAGGGAUUAUUAUUUUGCACUUGCACACAGUGUCAAGGAUAAUCUUGUCUCAAGAUGGAUCAGAACACAGCAGCACUACUAUGAAACUGAUCCCAAGAGAGUUUACUACUUGUCAUUGGAGUACUAUAUGGGAAGAAGUCUUCAAAAUACCAUGAUAAAUUUAGGCAUUCAGGGUGCAUGUGACGAGGCAAUGUACCAGAUGGGAUUGGAUAUUGAAGAGCUUGAAGAACUUGAAGAAGAUGCAGGUUUAGGUAAUGGUGGUCUAGGACGUCUUGCAGCAUGUUUCUUGGACAGUAUGGCAACACUUGGUCUUGCUGCUUAUGGUUAUGGUAUUCGUUAUGAAUACGGUAUAUUUGCUCAAAAAAUAAAAAAUGGUGAACAAAUUGAAGAACCAGAUGAUUGGCUUCGUUAUGGUAAUCCAUGGGAAAAAGCACGUCCAGAAUUUAUGCUUCCAGUUAAUUUUUAUGGUCAUGUUAUUGAUGCACCCGAGGGUAAAAAAUGGGUUAAUACACAAGUUGUAUUUGCAAUGCCAUAUGAUAAUCCAAUACCUGGUUAUAAAAAUAAUCAUGUUAAUACAUUACGUUUAUGGUCAGCAAAAUCACCAAUUGAAUUUAAUCUUAAAUUUUUUAAUGAUGGUGAUUAUAUUCAAGCUGUAUUUGAUCGUAAUUUAGCUGAAAAUAUAUCAAGAGUAUUAUAUCCAAAUGAUAAUUUUUUUGAGGGUAAAGAGCUACGUUUAAAACAAGAAUAUUUUAUGGUUGCUGCAACAUUACAAGAUAUAAUACGUCGUUAUAAAUCAAGUAAAUUUGGUUCACGUGAUCAUCAUAGAACUGAUUUUGAAGAAUUUCCAAGUAAAGUUGCUAUUCAAUUAAAUGAUACACAUCCAUCAUUGGCAAUACCAGAAUUAAUGAGAAUAUUAAUUGACGUUGAGGGUUUAUCAUGGGAAAAAGCAUGGGAUAUUACAACAAGAACUUGUGCAUAUACAAAUCAUACUGUAUUACCAGAAGCAUUAGAACGUUGGCCAGUAUCAUUAUUAGAAAGUAUACUACCACGUCAUUUACAAAUUAUUUAUCAUAUUAAUUUUUUGCAUCUACAAGAAGUUGGUAGUAAAUUUCCUGGUGAUUUUGAUCGUCUUAGAAGAAUGUCACUUGUUGAAGAAGACGGUGAUAAACGUGUUAAUAUGGCACAUUUAUCAAUUGUUGGUAGUCAUGCAAUAAAUGGCGUUGCAAGAUUACAUUCAGACAUUUUAAAAGCAACAUUAUUCAAAGAUUUCUAUGAAUUACAUCCAGAUAAAUUUCAAAAUAAAACAAAUGGUAUUACACCAAGACGUUGGUUAUUAUUAUGUAAUCCAAAUUUAUCAGAUGUUAUUGAAGAAAAAAUUGGUAGUGAUUGGACAGUACAUUUAGAACAAUUACAACAAUUAAAAAAAUGGUCAAAAGAUCCAAAUUUUCAACGUUGUGUUGCUAAAGUUAAACAAGAAAAUAAAAUGCGUCUUGCUGAAUUUUUAGAAAAAGAAUAUGGUGUUAAAAUUAAUCCAGCAUCAAUGUUUGAUAUACAAGUUAAACGUAUACAUGAAUAUAAACGUCAAUUAUUAAAUUGUCUUCAUAUUAUAACACUUUAUAAUCGUAUUAAAAAAAAUCCACAAGCACCAUUUGUUGCAAAAACAGUUAUGAUUGGUGGUAAAGCAGCACCUGGUUAUUUACUUGCUAAAAAAAUUAUUAAAUUAAUAUGUUCAGUAGCAAAUGUUGUUAAUAAUGAUCCAAUUGUUGGUGAUAAAUUAAAAGUUAUUUAUCUUGAAAAUUAUCGUGUUACUUUGGCUGAAAAAAUUAUUCCUGCUGCUGAUUUAAGUCAACAAAUAUCAACAGCUGGUACUGAAGCAUCUGGAACUGGAAACAUGAAAUUUAUGUUGAAUGGUGCAUUGACUAUUGGAACUCUUGAUGGAGCUAAUGUUGAAAUGGCUGAAGAAAUGGGACAUGAAAAUAUAUUUAUUUUUGGUAUGACUGUUGAUCAAGUUGAAGAACUUCAAAAACGUGGAUAUAAUGCAUGGGAUUAUUACAAUAAAUUAUCAGAAGCUAAACAAUGUAUUGAUCAAAUAACUGGAGGAUUUUUCAGUCCAAAUAAUCCUCAUGAAUUUCAAGAUAUUGGUGAUGUAUUGAUGAAAUGGGAUAGAUUCCUUUUACUUGCUGAUUAUGAAGAUUACAUGAAAACUCAAGAUCGUGUCAGUGAGGUAUAUCAAAAUCCAUCAAAAUGGGUUGAAAUGGCAAUCAACAAUAUUGCAUCGUCUGGCAAAUUUUCAUCAGACAGAACGAUUGAAGAUUAUGCCACUGAAAUUUGGGAUGUUAAACCAACAUGGAAAGCUCUCCCAGAUCCUCAUGAACCACGUGAUGUCUAAAUGAUAUUAAUUAUCAAUGAAAAAAAAAAAAAACGAUUUAAUAUCAUUUUACAAAAUGAAUACUCACUUUUAUUUAAUCAUAAAAAAAAAAAAACAAUAAACAAUAACAGUUUCGUACUCUUUAAUGUAACAGAUUAAUUUAGUUUUCUGUAUUAUAUCUCAAGCCUUGUUUGUUGGUGAAACAUGGCAUUGAUGAUAUUUUAAUAUUGAUAUAUAAAAACAAAACUUUUAUUUAUUUUAUAUAAAUUUAUAAAAGUAAUUUUACUUAUCAAUAUUUUUAACGGAAAAUUAUUUAAAUCAUGUAACAAGUAAUUGGUUUUUUUUUUAAUUUUACAUGUUUGUUGAUUAACAGUAACAUUGCUCAAUAAUAAAAACAACAACAAAAAUAAAAAAACAAACAAAUUAAUUUUAAUUGAUAAAAAGAAAAAAAAAAAAUUUACCAAAGUUUGUUAAUAUUAUUGCACUGUCUACAUGCAAAUGUGUUUUAAAAAAAAAUUCUAAAAACCUGCCAUUAAAAAAGAGCAAUUUCUACUUAAAAUAUAUCAAAUAUUUUUAAUACUCAGAGUCUCAAUAAUAAAAUUAAAAAAAAUAUAUUUACAUAAUAAUUAAUUUGACAAUAUUGUCAUAGAAAAUUUUUAAAUCUUUAACAAAAUCUAUUUGAUAUACAAUUUACAUUUAAAAAAAAAUAUAUAUACAAAUGAAAAUUGAAUAAAAAUUUAUUAUUGUAUGAAAAAAAAAUUUUUUAAAUAUAUGUAUUGUUGGAUAAAGGUGUAUUAUAAUUAUUUAUUCAUUUCGAAAUAU